UAAGCUACAGUAUAAAUACACACAAGUUCCUCUUCUCUGCAUACAAUGGGAAGCAUUUGCUCUCUGCUCUCCUCCUAGCAUUUUCAUGCAAGACCCGGAGAAGAAACAUUGUCUCUGGCCGAAAGGGGAUUCAUGAAAAGCUAGAAAUGGGCCUGUCGAGUUCUAAAAACCCUAAAGUCAAGCAAGCCCAAAUUCUUCUUCUGGGCCUGGACUCUGCAGGCAAGUCCACCGUCCUUUAUAAACUGAAGCUUGCUAAGGACAUUGUGACCAUGCCAACCGUGGGCUUCAACGUGGAGAUGCUGGAGCUGGGGAAGAGCCUUUCCUUCACGGUCUGGGAUGUUGGCGGCCAGGAGAGGAUGAGGACCGUGUGGGGCUGUUACUGCGAGCACGCCCACGGGCUGGUGUACGUGGUGGACAGCACGGACAAGCAGCGGCUGGAAGCCUCCAGGAGGGAGUUCGAGCACAUUCUGAAGAAUGAACACAUGAAAAAUGUGCCGGUUGUUUUGUUAGCCAACAAACAAGAUAAGCCGGGAGCUCUGACCGCGGAGGAAAUCACCAGGCUGUUCAAGGUAAAGAAGCUCUGCAGUGACCGGAACUGGUAUGUGCAGCCCUGCUGUGCCACCACCGGGGAUGGGCUGGCCGAGGGCUUCAGGAAAUUAACCGAAUUCGUGAAGAGCUACAUGAAAUCGCGAGCAGACACGUUCGCAUUCUUCAAGCAGAACUGAGGUCCAAGCAGGGGAAGACGAAAUUGAAAGGAGAGAGAGGAAGGGAGAGAAACAUCAAUGUGAGAGCGAAACAUUGAUCAGCUG